UCCACCAUCGCUUAGCUUCGCAUCCUUCGCUCCCCCAUCUUUCUUUGUUUCCCCCAACUGCUCACCACUCCAAUUGACAGGUCAACCUCAAUCCUCUCCUCCUCCACCACCACCACGACGCCCCCCAAAAUGGAGAAAACGUCCUCCUUCUUCGCCUUCUCCGUCUUCUUCCUUCUCCUCCUCUCACCCUCCUCCGGCGAGAUCAAAACCCUAACGAUAACCUCCGACACCCGCCCCAUGAUCCUCUUCGAGAAAUUCGGCUUCACCCGUACCGGUCAUGUCUCAAUCACCGUCUCCUCCGUAUUCGUCUCCCCCUCCCCCUCCCUCUCCCAUCCUGACCCUUCUCGCCUCGGCUUCUUUCUCCUCUCCGACGAGUCCCUUCUCCAGGUCCUCCUCGAGAUCCGUCAGAACCCCCAGCUCUGCGUCCUCGACUCCCACUACACUCGCCCACUCUUCACCUUCCGAGAGCUCUCCCCCCCUCCCGUAUCUUCCUUCAACCAUUCCUACCCUGUCUCCUCCCCCGACGAGUACUCCCUCUUCUUCGCCAAUUGCGCUGUUGGGUCCUCCAUCUCCAUGGACGUGCGCACCGAGGUCUACAACCUCGACCUUGACAACUCCCGGGACUACCUCUCAGCCGGCCUCACCCACCUCCCCACCCUCUUCUUCCUCUUCUCCCUCGCCUAUUUCGCCUUCUUAGCCUUCUGGAUCCACCUCUGCUACACCAACAAGCGCUCCGUCCACCGGAUCCAUCUCCUCAUGGCAGGGUUGCUGCUCAUGAAGGCUCUCAAUCUGAUCUGCGCCGCCGAGGACAAGCAUUACGUGAAGGUCACGGGCACGCCGCACGGCUGGGACGUGUUGUUCUAUAUCUUCCAGUUCAUCAGGGUGGUCCUGCUUUUCACCGUCAUUAUUUUGAUCGGGACUGGUUGGUCCUUCUUAAAGCCCUUCUUGCAGGAGAAGGAGAAGAAAGUGUUGAUGAUUGUGAUCCCGCUUCAGGUCCUGGCAAACAUUGCGUCGAUCGUCAUUGGCGAGACCGGGCCGUUUAUUAAGGAUUGGGUGACCUGGAACCAGGUUUUCUUGCUGGUGGACAUUAUUUGCUGCUGCGCAAUCAUAUUCCCGAUCGUGUGGUCGAUUCGGUCGCUGAGGGAGACCUCGAAGACCGACGGGAAGGCCGCGAAGAAUUUGGCCAAGUUGACUCUUUUUAGGCAGUUCUACAUGGUUGUGAUCGGGUACUUGUAUUUCACGCGGAUCGUGGUGUUUGCGCUUAGGACGAUUGCGGCGUAUAAGUAUCAGUGGGUGAGUAAUGCGGCCGAGGAGAUUGCUAGUUUCGCGUUCUAUGUGGUGAUGUUCUAUAUGUUUAGGCCUGUGGAGAAGAAUGAGUACUUUGUUCUCGACCAGGAGGAAGAAGAGGCUGCCGAGUUGGCACUUAGGGAUGAAGAGUUCGAGCUCUGAAUUGGGUGGGUAGUGAGACGAGAUUCUUGCUGGCCUUCCCUUUAUGGAAUUUUGCUAAAGCAAAGUGUGGGACUAUUUGUGACUUUUUAGCAGAUUUACGGUUAGAAUUUCUGGGUCAGGUUGCUGUUCCUUCUGUUUUGCACUCUCAUUUUCUUCUCUUUUUAAAUCUGUUAUAUUAACUCUCAUGUUUAAGGGACA